AUGCAGGUACUGUUUUCAUUGAGCUGUGAGGGUCUCGGAAACGGCGCUCUAUCUAAACUGUUUGGAGUCCGUCGUUCACCACGUGAGGUAGCGCAGUGCAACAGGUCCGCUGCAGUGAAGAUGAGCGACACACUGGCCCGUAGCGUUCUGGCUGAGCGUCUUUUGAAACUUGCCCAAAAGGUUCCACAAGGGAUCCUGCAACCUGACCGAAGGCAAGCGAAGCGACUCGUUCACUUCUCUUUCGAGGAAGUCUGUCGGGUCUUCGACUCGGGGCUCGGUGAUGACGAGGUUCCCGUCGUUCUGUACCGGGACCCCGCGCUAUGGUGUCCGUACUGCCAGCGAGUCCAGUUUUAUUUGGAAGAACGAAAGAUUCCCUAUCGUACUGUCCAUAUACCAAUGCGCUGUUACGAGACGGAGGAGAACCCCAAACCGCGAUGGUACCUAGACAUGGUCCCAAGCGGACUCUUGCCAGCGGUGAAACUUCAGCCGUCCGGUGCCCUGCUCACCGAGUCGAUGGAUAUUAUGGAAUUUUUUGAAGAGCAUCCAAUGUUCAGCCAAUAUCCAGCCGCCUACGCCCGCUCCCCAGCCGAAACACGUCGCAAAACGGAGCUUUUGAGGCUGGAGCGCCGGCUCUUCUCCGACUGGCUUCGUUAUCUGACAGGGUCCACGUUCCUGUCAGAUCGCCUCCGUGAGCAGUUUUUGCAAACAAUGGAUGCUGUGGAGUACGCGCUUCGUGAAUCACCGCGGUUCCCUUUUCUCUCUGUGCUCGCUGAGGGGAACGAGCAUGGACCCGGCCUCGUUGACUGUGCGAUUGCUCCUUUUCUGGAGCGUAUCGAGUACAGCAUACCGUUUUGGAAGGGAAUAGAGAUCCGAGGAAAUGCUCGCUGGCCGCGAUUAGAGGCAUGGUUUCAGGCAAUCGAGGAGCGGCCCUCGUACUUGAAAGCAAACGCGUAUUCAACGGUUCUGAACCUACCUCCGCAAAUAGGACGAUGCACCACCGCGCGCUCCGAGUCUGCAGAGGCUACUCGCGUCCAAGAGCAAGUGCUGCACGAAGCUGAACGCACACCCUGGGUCGAGUACAGCUCAGAGAGCACCUGCCCCGCGACUGUCCGUGAAUCUCGACUCGAGGCAGCAGCUGCGAUCAUUCGUAAUUUCUCUCGCAUCGUCAACGAUAUGCGGAAGCAUUGCCGAGACAACGCGCCGGAUGCGGAUAGCAUUGAGGUAGCGCUUUGCAGUGUUGCACAGGUGCUGAUUCACGGAACCGUUGAAGGCACACCUCCUGUGUCGGAUCCUGUUGCAAGGGGCGCUCUCGAGCAUAUUCGCCAACGAGUCUGCGUUCCGCGUGAUCUCAACUUGAAUGCUUCCAAACAGUUUUACGGCGCUAUCAACGCGCUUCUCGCCAAAAGCAGCGCAACACGCAAACAUUGA